GGUGGGCGUGGCCACCUGGCUCAGGUGAGGCGGAAGUGGCGGCGGGGCCAUGAACGGGCUCCAGGGCUGGGCCGCGCUCCUGGAAAAGGCGGAGCUGAGCAUGAGGCGUCCCACGGAAUUCCUGGAAUUUUCCAGCCUGGAAAACUCCCCUGGAUCCCUGGAAAAUUCCGGAGGGGACCCCAAAUCUGCCUGGAAUCCAGAGGAGGCCGGGCCGGGGCUGAGGCUGCGCCUGCCCAGGGACCCCCCCGGGGAUCGGCCCAAACAGAAGCCGGUGGGAAGAGCCUUUGCCAUGGUGGCCAAAAGAUCCGACGGGAAUUCCUUGGCCUCGGAAUGCGUCAAAUCCAAGGAUGGAGACGAGGAGAUCAUCAAGGUUUAUCUCAAGACUCGCUCCGACCACGAGGAGCCGGUGACGCAGCUCAAGAGCGAAGUCCGGCACAUCCAGGAGGUGGUGCUGGAGAGCAACAGGAGCUGUUCCUGCCCUGGAAAUUCCCAGGAAAAUCCGCGCUGGCAGGAGCAGCUGCGGGAGCGGGCGGAGCGGGCGGAGCGCGGGCGGCGCCAGGCGGAGCAGGAAGCGGCCGAGAGGGAGCUGAAGGUGCAGGAGCUCCAGAGGCUCCUGGAGAACACGGAAAAGGAGCAGCGGGAUCUCCGGGAGCGCCUGGAGCUGGGCCAGGCCGAGCUGAGGAGGCUCCGCGAGGCCGAGGGGACCCGGGCGGCCCAGCAGGAGCGCUCAUCCCAGCUGGAAAAGGAGGUGGCGACGCUCCGGGAGAAAAUUCAUCACCUGGACGACAUGCUGAAGAGUCAGCAGCGCAAAGUGCGCCAGAUGAUCGAGCAGCUGCAGAAUUCCAAGAGCGUGAUCCAGGCCAAGGACGCGGCGAUCCAGGAGCUGAAGGAAAGAGUUUCGUACCUGGAAGCGGAGAAUUUGGAGAUGCACGACCGGAUCGAGCACCUGAUCGAGAAACAAGUGAGCAGGGCCGGGAGCGGAGCCCGGAGUCGAUCCCGAUCCGAAUACGUCAGCAGCAAACGCCUCCCGAAGCCGCUGCCCCUGAUCCGAGUGGUGGAAACCUGAAUCCCAGAAUUCCCCCUCCGGAAUUCCCGGAAUUCCCGGAAUUCCCGCUGGACUCGGAGCCUUUCCCGAGGGAAGAAUUUUGGGAUGGCUCCAGGCGCCGUUCCCGUGCCGGAAUCGGGAAUUUCCCCCCUUUUUCCCAAGGAUUUUUUGGGAUU